AUGCCGACAAUCAACCCCUCUGCCGGCGGCGUAACAGGAUUGCGGUUCUGCAAAGAGGCGACCGGAUCGUAUGCUAAUAUCGGUGCAACCGACGUAGAAUUUCACAAUUUUAAACGGGACGUCCAAACUUACGUCGAUGUAUCUGAUGGCGAGAUGAUUAUUGCAACAUUCAAGGCAAAGCACGAAGCUUGUAGUGAGUUCUUUUUUGAAUACGAUCUGGAUGAAGAGCACCGGGUAUCACGACUAUUCUGGGCUGACCCCCUCAGCAGGCGAAAAUUUUCUUGCUAUGGCGACAACAUAUCUUUCGAUGCAACCUACGGCACGAACAGGUACAGCAUGGUGUUUGUGCCGUUCACUGGUGUGGACAACCACAAACGAUGCAUCACUUUCGGGGCCGGUCUGUUGACUAAAGAAGAUGCUGACUCAUACACCUGGUUGUUGAAGCAAUUUAUAUGUGCAAUGGGAAAGAGGCCAGCGUGUGUUGUGACCGACCAGGACCCCGCUAUGCGAAUUGCUAUCGAACGAGUAUUACCCGAGUGCCGCCAUCGCUACUGUAUGUGGCACAUCAUGACAAAGGUUAAUGAAAAGCUCGGCAAUGAGUUAGCUAAGGACAACGAGUUCCGCAAGAAACUAAAUGCUAUCGUUUGGAACGAAACAAUCGACCGUGUGGAGUUUGAGGCGCAAUGGCAAAUACUAAUGGAUGAAUACAAUCUAUCGACCCACCGAUGGUUUUGCAAAAUUUUGGUAGAGUUCUACAUGCAAUUCGAGAGCGUGUUGGGAACACAACGCUACCGGCAAGAUAAAUUGAACGCACAGUGCGAGGGAUACCUGCCAGAGUUUAAAACACCUUUAGCACUCGAGCGACAUAUUGCACAGCUGUUCACGAUCACUAUUUUUUACGAGUUACAGAAAGAAAUAGAAGCUGCUUGUUUUUAUUGCUCUGUUGUCGGUGUACGACAAGAUGGGGACAGCACUUAUUACGACAUUGAUGGUGAGUGCGCCAUUAUUUCGACCGUGCAAUACAAGGUAGGUGGUCUUGGAACGUCAUGUAGCUGCAAGUUGUUCCAAAGAAUGGGCCUAGUAUGCCGACAUAUGUUUGUGGUUUUCAGGGGUGCCCAAUUGGAAGAAUUACCGGCCGAAUACAUUGUGAGCCGUUGGUGCAAACACCUAAACUGUGGUGCAUGCAGGCGCCUCCCAUCUGACGGUGAUAGACCCACCCCCGCAACAACCCAACUAUGGACUGAGAUAAACACGUGGGUUGGGUUAGUAGGUACUAGCAUCGAACGACAAUCACGGAUGGUGGCGGUACUUCAAGGUCUUACUGCAGAAUUUGCUAGUGACGGUAUAUCUGUGAACCCAGUUAAGGGUAACCGUGCUGCUAUCCAGGCAUUAUGUGGCGUGGAGCCACCACAAUCCAUAACAAUCCACGCCCCUGCCCAAGCAAAAAACAAAGGCACCGGGAAGCGCAUUAAAAGCAGUAGGGAGUUAGCCAUUGAGAAAAAUGUGAAACCUGGCCGAAAGUGCGGGAUUUGUGGCAAAUACGCCCGCCAUAACGCUCGUAGUUGUCCAUCAAAGUAG